GUGUCAACACUCAACAUGUUAGUCUACGCUGUCAGUUGCCAGAUAAGUAACUUAAUUUUAGUACAAUUCUUUUAUAACUUACGUUCAGAAGAAAACAAAUAAACAAAGUCAUUUGAUUUAUCUGUUUUGAAAUUUUAAGCAUGUUUUAUUUUGUAUAACAGACUACUUACCCCGACUAAGCGUGAUUUUGUUAUUUUUCCGACGUGAGAAGAAGAUUAUUUUUGCGCCUUUUUCGCGCAAUUUUUCAAAUUACAACUCGAUCAAGAUGCACGGUUGGAUAAAGAUUACUCUUAUAUUAUGUCUAUUCGGCACUUUAAGAGAGAUUCGUCCCUCAGAACCCUUUGUAACAGAGUUUUUGCUUGGAAAGUGGAGAAAUAUUACAGAAUCUCAAUUGAACCGUGAUGUUUAUCCUGUGGGAACGUAUUCCUAUCUAGGACUUUUAGUCAUCGUAUUUUUAAUCACAGAUUUCUUACGAUUUAAACCAGUCAUUAUUCUCUCAGGUAUAAGUGGAAUAGCAGUGUAUGCAGUAUUACUAUGGACUACAAGUUUAGAAUGGCUUCAAGUGUCUCAAGUUCUAUAUGGAAUUUACAUGGCAACCGAGGUUGCAUACCUCACAUACAUUUAUGCAAAGGUGGACUCUUCAAAGUACCCUAAAGUCUCAUCCUACACUCGCAUGGCCGCACUAACUGGUCGUUUUCUCUCUGGAGUGAGUUCCCAAUUAUUAACUCACUUUAACAUAAUGGAUCUUCGGGACCUUAAUUACAUAACACUUGCAGCUCAAAUUCUGGCUACGUUUUGGGCGUUUUGGCUGCCUCCAGUACCAUAUGGAAUAUAUUUUCAUCGGCGGUCAGUUGCCUACGGUACUACGCAAUCGGAUAUACCGAUCGAAAAACAACCACCACAAGACGGGUACGAUUCUAAAUCAUUCCGGUCUCAAAUUUCCGAAGCUACUGUAUUAAUAUAUCGCCACGCACGCAGCGCAUACUCACGACCCAAAGUUGUAGCGUGGUCUGCCCUUUACGCAGUGGCACUCGCACUGUUUGUUCAGUCACAGACUUAUAUGCAACUAUUGUGGAAGAAGAUACGGGGUGGUGACGAAGAAAUGGAACUAUACAAUGGGGCAGUAGAAGCACUUCAAACGGCAUUCGGUGCGGCUGGUGCAUUCCUAGCUUCAUACUGGACCGACGCUGUGUUGCCAGCGCCCAUCGCCGCGGUACAGGGUGUUGCCAUGUUCCUAGCGACGUAUGUUAAUGAUAUCACCACAUCAUAUACUGGCUACAUAGUUAUGGGCAUGCUGUUUCAUUAUACAAUUACACUGGCAAGUGCCAAAAUAGCUAGCCAGCUAAGUGACGAAAGUUGUUUUGGAUUGAUAUUUGGUAUCAACACCCUAAUUGGUACAGGAUUACAGUCUAUUAUGACUUUAGUCCUAAUACAAACCCUAGAUUUACCAAUUCAUGCUCAAUAUUAUUUUAUAAGCGGAUUUUUCUUACUACUUGCUUCAUUUUGGCUUCUUGGCUGCGUAAUUCAUUUUUUUAUACAGAAACAUAGUAUUAAUUUAAACCAGUAUUAAGAUUUGUGCUUGAUGUAUAAAAAAAAUCACCAAAUUUAAUUUUUUUUUAAAUUAUUAUAUAAGGAUUUUUAAUCUCAUUCUCUCUUGAAAGUAUAGAAAGCAUUUUUUCUUUGAUAAUUUAUGUAAAAGAGAAAAUUUAAUACAUGAUAUGUUUUUUGAGUACAUAGCUUGUGUAUUACUUGCAUACAUUAAAAUAUUUACUUCAACACAAGCCUAACUAAUAGUAAGUAUAUUAUUUUAUAUGAUAGUAGAUCUACAUUGAUUUGAGUAGAUUGUGAGACAUAUUAUAAUUUGUAUUUUCAUAUUGUAUUAAAAUAAUACAUUUUAUAAUAAAACUUUGUAACCAGAUUUUAAACUAUUUUUCUUGAUUAUACAGAUUUUUACUUUGAAUUUUAUUAGACUACAUCUGUUUCAUUAAACUCUUGGUCAUACCAUCCUUUCUUAAGGCAUUUGGAAGGCUUUGUAAUAAAACCUAAACUAAAUGAGAGUAAUAAAUAAAAGAAUGUCAAUUAAGAUUUACUUUAUAUUCUGUUAGGUCCUUUUUAAUAUAUUUUUAGCCAGAGGAUUAUGAAGUUAUUAGUAUGAAAAAUUUUAUUGUUGUUUUUUUUUAAGUAUAAAAGGAUAUGUAGACUGUGAUAUGAAUAUAUAGUGGCAUUUU